ACAGAACAGAUAAGAAUCUCAACACUUUUUCAUACAAAUCAACACCAUUGUGAUACUUUAUUACAAAUAAAAUUUUGCAAUUUAUAUUAAUUUAGUCACAAAGCAACCUUCCUUUGUUAAGUUUCACAAACAAAAUAAUGACGGGAAAGAUAUUAUUAGGCCACCAGAAAUGGCAUAAACUAGCAUUAAACCAGACCAUUUCGAAAACAUUCCAAUUCCGAUUGCAGUCCACUGAGACAAUAGCAGCAACAACUCAAACAAAUAGCUUCAAACAAGAAUGGGAAAAUGCUCGACCUUUUGAAGAGAUUCCUACACAAAAGAAAAUCACGGGCUUGUUCAACUUUCUACCCGGUGGUAAAUAUUACAAAUUGGAUCCCACUAAACUAAUGCUGGCCCUUAAAAGGGACAUGGGCAAUAUAACGAGAUUUCAUGGAUUUUUUGGACGAAAAGAUGUGGUAAUUACACACAAUGUGGAGGAUUUUAUUGCAGUUCUACGUAAUGAAGGAAUUUGGCCUACAAGACCGGGCUUGGAUGCCCUGCAGUAUCAUAGACAUGUAUAUAGAGCUGAUUUCUUUAAAGGUGUGGAAGGGAUUAUAUCAACGGAAGGUGAGAAGUGGGCUACUUUCAGAUCGGCUGUAAAUCCAGUGUUGAUGCAUCCCAAGAAUGUUCGUUUGUAUAUGCACAAAAUGUCUCAAGUUAAUAAGGAAUUUGUGGAAAGAAUCCAGCAAAUACGCGAUCCUAAAACUCUUGAAGUUCCCGCCAGCUUCGAAGAUGAAAUGAAUCGUUGGACUCUAGAAUCUAUUUCUGUUGUGGCCUUGGACAAACAAUUGGGUUUGCUCAACAAAAAUCGUGGAGAUCCCUUGGCCAAAGAACUAUUCCAGGCUAUAACUGGCUUCUUUAAAUAUGGCAUGGAAGUAGAAUACAGUCUCCCCUUAUGGAAACUUUAUAAAACAAAAUCAUUUAAAAAUCUAAUGGAAAGUUUAGAUGCAAUUAUGUUUACAACCUCAGCGUAUGUCAAUGAAGCCAUAGGACUUUUAGAACAGGAAAUUCAGAAGGGGGCAGCAGAAAAGCCAGAACAAGAUAAAAGUGUUUUGGAAAAACUGGUUAAAAUUGAUAAGAGAAUAGCUACUGUGAUGGCCAUGGAUAUGUUAAUGGCAGGAGUGGAUACGACUUCCUCCACAUUCACGGGCAUGCUUUUGUGUUUAGCCAAAAAUCCCGAUAAACAGGCCAAACUAAGAGAUGAAAUUAUGACAAUUUUACCUAACAAAGAUUCGGAAUUUACUGAAGAGUCCAUGAAAAAUGUGCCCUAUUUAAGGGCCUGCAUUAAGGAAUCGUUACGCAUGUAUCCAAUUACUAUUGGCAAUACUCGAGUGCCAGCCAAUGAUGUGGUCUUAAGUGGCUACAGGGUGCCCAAGGGAACCCAAGUCUCCAUGGUUUUUACUGCUUUAGUAGACGAUGAUAAAUAUUUUCCCCGUGCCAAAGAAUUUUUGCCCGAGAGAUGGCUAAGAAGUGAACAGGAUAAGGGAAUUGAAAACUCCUCAGAAUGUCCUCAUGCCUUGAAGCCCAGCAGUCCAUUUGUGUAUUUGCCUUUCGGUUUUGGUCCACGUAGUUGUAUUGGCCGCCGCAUCGUUGAAAUGGAAUUGGAAUUGGGCAUUGCCCGUGUCAUAAGAAAUUUCCAGGUUGAGUACAAUUACCCCACAGAAAAUGCUUUCAAGAGUCUGUUAAUAAAUGUGCCCAAUAUACCGCUAACAUUCAAAUUCACCGAUAUCGAGAAUUGAGCAAUAAAGUUUAAGACAAAAAUCUAAAUUUAUUAUUGUUUAAAUAAAGAUUAAAAUUUAUUUUCUAAACAAAUAACAAUAGCUAAACAUUUUAUUAUUUAAUUAUAUUACACUCUAAUAUUUGUAUUAUACCGUUCAACAAUAAAAUACGGAAACUAAAA